AUGGCUACCCCCAAGGAUAUUACCUUCGAAAACUACAAUGGCAGCUGGUCAAUGGACCGCACCAUCUCCGACCCUACCGACCCUGUCCUUGCCAUGCAAGGCCUAAGCUGGUUCAUGCGCACAACCCUCGCCUGGGUAACCGUCACGCUAAACACAAAGCAAUACCCGGACCCCGAGCACCCAACCGACAAAACAAUCCAGCACAUUGACGUCGAGAACGUCGUGACGCGCGGACUGCAGGGGACCAGCGAAGCGCGCGUAACAGACUGGAAGCGCCGCGAGCACAGCGACGCGAUCUUCGGCACAGUCAAGGGCCAGUCGCGGUUCAUCCGCGGGUCUGCAAAAGACGGCGGUAAAGUGAGGCCCGACGUGGAGGUGCAGACUAAGAUCCAGGACGAGAAGAUCGGGCGCUUUUUGCGCGGUGAGAUUACGGAGAAUGGGAGUGAGGUUGAGGGGUUCUUGGUUGAUUCUGUUGGGGAGGGGUUUGGGGAGGGGGAGGGCCUUUGGUUGCAGAGUUGGGUGGAGAGUGUGGAUUCGACCUGGACGGCUGAGCAGGUUUGGGGCUUCGAGACAAUUAAUGGCGAGCGCUAUCAUACACGUCGGGUAGUCUGUGCCAACAACGGGGAGUACGUCCUGGCCAGGCUUGUGUACACUUUUGUUCCUCUACGGGACGACGAGGAGGACAUGGCUUACUAG